CCAAUCAUAUCGCAUUGGAGGGAUGGAAUUUUACUGUACAGGAAAUCAGAUGAAUUCUUCUUUGACUUACAUUUCUCUACCGAAAGCUUUAAAAAAACACUACUUGGCUAUUUCACGUCAUUUAGCGUUCCGAAUAUACAGUAUGCGCUCUAUUUUUCUCUCGGAAUAUGGCAUUUUAACAUGGGAUUAUUGACUAGACGUCAUUGUUAGAUAAUCAGGAAGUAUAGACAGUAACCCGACCAAGAAUGUGAUAACCUGCUUCCGUCAACAUCUACAAUUGGCAAAAAUGUGUUCAUUGAAAGACAACAAUCGGCGCAUACGGCCAGCUUCCGAUGGGCUGAUAUUGGAAUUGAAAUCCGCCCACCCUCCAUCGCUGGAGGGGCGCGCUGGCUGCGAGACGUGGAGCGUUGAUUUCUCUCCAGAUGGAUCCUGGUUUGCAUGGUCCAUGGGACACGGGAUUGUGUGGGUGAUUGCCUGGCCGCUUCGGCAUGAUAAGGUCAAUAGGGUUGAGAUUGCCCUAGAGAGCAACAGACAGGACAAGACCCUGAACUGUGGUCAGACAGUGUGGGGGCUGGCGUUUGGACCACGUCCAUCAAAGACACCAGCACCUGGAGAAAAAGCAGCAUCCCGUGAGAGAGAAUCAUCCAGACUGCUUCUGGCAACUGGCUUAGAGAAUGGAGUGAUCAAGAUAUGGGAUGUUGAAACUGGUCAGCCUCGGUUUGACCUCAAAGGACAUGAGGGUAUUGCAAGGGACCUGGUCUUCACUCCCAACGAAAAGCUCACCCUUGUAUCAUCCUCUCGAGACAAAACCUUAAGGAUAUGGGAUCUAACCCAGAAAGGUGAGAAGGAGCCACAUGUCCUCUCUGGCCACAAGGACUGGGUCAGCUGCUGUAGUGUCUCACCAGACUGCAGCAUGAUCGCAUCGGUCGGCAGGUUUGACAGAAUGGUGUGUCUAUGGAGCCUGCGGUCAUACACCUUCAUCAGGAAUUUAACGGGGAUCAACCACAAGACAUUCUACCUGUUAGCUUCCUGUGACUUCUCUCCCGAUGGGGCACUGCUCGCCACUGCAGCCUUCAGUGGUUCCCGUUGGUGGAUCGAUCUGUGGGAUCCCUACACUGCACAGAAAUUGUCUUCUCUAAUGGAUUGCUCUGAGAUGUAUGGACAGAACCAAAUCUCAUCAUUGAGAUUCUCCCCCGAGGGUUUGCAACUGGCCAUUGUUACUGAAGACAGAGCCCUCCAGAUGUGGGAGCCAGGACAGAGGGGUAUGGUGAUGCAGACCAAGGAGGACCGUACCUCCAAUGGGCUGUGCUGCAACUUCCAUCCACAAGGGGGAGUCGUAGCCACAGGGACCAGAGAUGGCCAUGUGAGGUUUUGGAUGGUUCCCAGGUCAGUGCCCAGUCUGUGCCACCUGUGCCGCUCCGUCCUGCGCCACUCAGUCUCCACACACCAGGUGGAGGCCCUCCCCAUACCACGCAGGAUCCUGGAGUUCCUCACCUACAGAGACAUCCCGGACCACUCAGAAGCACGAUCUGACCGCUCCUCGGAUGAGGAGGAAUAGUGAAUUUUGGAAUGGGUGGAGGGAAUGUUUCUGGACUCCAUUUGUAAUGCAUUUGAGUUGAUGGAAGUAUUGACUGACUAAUGAUGGAACAGUCAAAGGAGGAGAGCUUAUUAUUUGCCUCGUUUACAAAUGCAUAAAAAGUUUGUGGUAAUGUUGUCUGACUGAAAUGAUGGGACUUUUUAGGACCUUGAGUGGAGUGGAUACUUUGUGGUUUACACAAAAUCAGUCAUGUCUGAUCAGCUAUUUGUCCAAGGAAAUUCUCAGGAUGUCAAAAUGGAAAUUCACCUGGAUGCAAUUAGCUAGUGAUUAUACAGAUGAACUUU